AAAGUACUGAGGCAGCCCCAGGCCCAACCCCCUUCUCCUCCUUCCCCUUCCCAUGACUCCUCCAAGCUUCCCAGCCUGGCCAGAGUGCAACCUGCCGGGGCCACGGGAGGAGACCAGCUCUGGAGAUCCGCAGAGAGACGUCCCUCUGAGACUGGGGAUGGAGGAGACCACGCCCUUCCAGUCCCGCUGGGCACACCCCGCCUUUCCAUAUGUGAACAGCACCUUACACCCCUUCUUCGGGAAUCCCUACCAGCAUGGAGAAGAGGGUGGAGCCCAGCGUGAAUGGAGAGGAGUUCUCUUUGCCGUCCUCUUCAGUCUGGGAUUCCUACUCGGAGUAGUGGGCAAUGGCCUGGUUAUCUUCAUUGCUAGCUUCUGGAUGAAGAAGACGGUGGUCUCUAUCUGGUACCUCAACCUGGCCGUGGCCGACUUCAUCUUCACCUCCUUCCUCUCCAUGGAGGUGGCCUAUGCAGCGCUGAACUUCCACUGGCCCUUUGGCCAGACACUGUGUAAGAUCCACAGUGCAGUGUCCUUCCUCAACCUCUUCGCCAGUGUCUUCCUCCUCACCGUCAUCAGCGCCGACCGCUGCAUCUCCGUGGCCUGGUCGGUCUGGGCCCACAACCACCGCUCGCCCCGGCUGGCUUUCUGGGUAGCUGCGGCUGUUUGGCUUGCAGCUCUGGCUCUCAGCACACCGUAUAUAGUUUUCCGGGACAUUAGGAGCUUCCCGCUUGGGGGGGACAUCACCAUCUGCUACAACAACUACAUCCCAGUGGGGAACUUCACUAGGGAGGAGGUGGCCACAUUGUGGGAGCAUCGACACUGGGCCAUGGUGCUCACCUGCUUUGUGACUGGGUUCCUGGUGCCAUUUGCCAUCAUCCUGACCUGCUACGGAGUCAUCACUGCCAAACUGAUGAGGAACCAUGUCGUCCGUUCUGGCAGGCCCUACAAGAUCAUGGUGGCUGUGGUGACGGCCUUCUUCCUCUGCUGGUUCCCCUACCACCUCUCCACCCUAUUGGCCAUGUUGGCAAAGGGGGUGACUCCAGCAAUACAGGUUCUCCAUGAUAUCGCGCUUCCCUUGGCCUACCUGAAUAGCUGCCUCAACCCUGCCCUGUACGCCUUCAUGGGCUGGGGCUGCAAGGACACACUGUGGCUCUCCAUAGUCUUGGCCUUCCAGAGGGCCUUCAGUGAGGCUGAGGUCCAGGCCACCCUCCCCAGCAAGAACCAGGAGAGCAGUAGGUCAGAGGUGGAAUUGCCCCCAUUAUGAUCAGGCUACUCACCUCUCCCUUCCCCAAGCUGAGGAUAGAACCAGGAGUCCUGGCUCCUAUUCCCCCGCCCCCAAAUCUAACCUACUAGACCCCACUCCCCUCCCCUGAGCUGGGGAUAGAACCCAGGAGUCCUGGCUCCCAGACCCCCCUGCUCCAUUCACUACACCCCACUCCCCUCCUGGAGCUAUCACCUAGCUUGGAUGGAAUCCUGCUUGAGGCAAACAAUAAAGGCCUCAGUUUUAACAUUGAUUCUGGCUCUGUUUUUCCUAAAAGAGGAAACAGCAGGGAAAGAGAAGCAGAACCUGCCACUUCCCCCAAUUUACAUUUGUCCACAGGAUUAAGGAGAGUCAGCCCACUGGGGUCAGGAGUUCAGUUCCCAGCCUGUAAGCCAGGACUUCAGAUCAGGAGUUUCCGAUGCUGUAAAAAAAUUGUGCAUUUGCCUGUUUAGAUGAUAAAAUCUUUGGAACUGAUGCCCAGUGCCCCUGCUCUGACCCACUAGCCCCCCUCUUUUCCAUAUCCAGGAAAGAACCCAGGAGUCCAAGGCCAGAAAGGAUCAUUGUGCUCAUAUGGUCUGACCUCCUGGAUAACACAGGCCAUAGAAUUUUCUAAAAAAUUAUGUCUAGUGUUUAUCUUUCAGAAAAGCAUCCAAUCUUGAUCUAUAAUUUGCCAGUGAUGGAGAAUCCAUUGCAAUUCUUGGUAGAUGGCUCCAGUGAUUAAUUACCCUCAUUGUUAAGCAUUGCCUGCCACAGUCUGUCUAUUAAGCCCUGAGAAGGAAGUGCAUGGCCAAGCUGAGGACCCAGAAGAUGUUGACCAUCCUCUCCAUGAAGAAGCCAGGGAGGAAGAUGAUGUAGUCAUUCAAAAACAUCCCGGCGAGGAAGGUCAGGCCAAAGAGCAUCAGAAAGAUGUACAUUAUCAUGUUACCUAUCAGCUCUGUGUUCUUGGGGAACCAGGGUGCAGUACCCAGCCUCUCUGACUCACGAAAGACCCCCCCCCACCUCUGCGUGAACCAAAACCGAUCAGAAGAAAGAUUUACAAAAAGCAAUGAAAAGGCCAUAGGAGACCCACCUAAACCCCUGGGACAAGGGUGACAGGAUUAAGGAAACUCCACUAGCCUCAUUUGCGUUGAAGAGGGGACAAGGAGGCAUCUCCACUAGCAGACAGAAUGGAGAACAGAGAUUCCAAGGCAAGAACCGCAGGGAACUCUGGGACCAGAACAGCAGAGAAGCACUGUAUAAUGGGGGAUCUCUGCUCCAGAUGUUAAUGAACCCACGCCUGCACACCCCCAGCUCAUUAGUUAUCUGACCAAUUCUAGUAAUAAAUCCUUUAUUGGGAUCCAAAAUAGUGCAGCUCCCUAAUUGCAUUGUGAGCUCCCUCCAAGGAACACCGCCCAUAGCCAGGAAUGAUCAGCUCCCAUGGUCUAGCCUGAUCAAAACAACUUUGGUGUCCUCCCUUGUUUACACAUCAACAAAUCUCGAGUUCUCCCUUGAACCAUUGUUGUUUCUCUACAAAAACCCCGACCCACACUCAAGUAAGUGUUCUGAUGCCUGGAUCCAACAUCUGCAUCACUUCCAUUGGGACUUCAUCUUCUCCUUGACUGAUUGUGCUGGGGGCUCUGCCUGUCUCCAGCACUCCGGAUCCUCAGCUACCGCCAACACCUGGGUCCCCCGAUCGAUUCAAGCUUCACAGAGUGGUAAGAACCCAGCUCUCUCUCUUUUAGGUAUAGCCUUCUGACCCUGACUUGUGUGAUCAGUUAUAGUUUUCUAAACAUUACUUUUGCAAUCAAAUUUAAGUUAGAUUUAAUAGUAUCAGUUUUGUUUGUUUUGGCUCCCCUAUGAUUAUUACCUGGCAAUAAAUAACUUUCAUGAUUAAGUUGGUUGCCCCUCUCUCUCUCUCUCGCUCCCCCUCGUGGGUGGUUUUUGGUUUCCUCAUUCGCUCUGCAGCAACGCUCCUCGUACCUAAGCUUAAGAUCCCUGCAGCGCCCAAAAAUCCUGUGGGGUUUGCUCAUCAAGUGGGUGACGACCAGAACAAUUGUACAUGAAAGUGGGGAUAGAGAUGUGCUGAGUCCAGGGACAUAUGAGGCUGACAGUUUGGAAAUGCUG